UCUCCAAUUGUGUUUCAUGGCAAGUGAAGAAUUGGAUGUGAAAAGAAUACCUCUAGAACUAAAGGAGAAAGUGUUAAGUUUGCCACCUAACCAGCUGACUCAUGAAGAAAAGAAAUUGAGAAGAAUUUUUCGCAACCGAGCAUCUGCUGAACGUUCUAGAAAGCGGAUGCUUGAGUUACUGGAAGAGCUUGAAAACGAGAACGCUUCGCUGAAGAAGAAGAUUGAGCGUCUGCAAUCUGUAAAAGUGGAGAACUGUUACCUCAAACAACAACUGAAGGACUUGGACAAUUUGUUGCAAAGUAUGGCUUCAGGGUUCGCUACCUUUUGAACUUUGUGAAGAGCAAUGAUGUAGACAAAGCAACCAAGUAAGUCUGUUGUUGUCCAGAAUGAUCUUGAUCGCACCCUCAGAAUGUCAAUGGAC